AUGGCUCCGGUAAGUCUGAAAGGCGCCCACAAAGACUCGCUUCCACCCGCGCCUGCGCCGUUCCGUUUCUUCCCAUCGGCACGAGGAUUUACCCUUCCUCCAGCCAACACACAGUCUGCAAAGCAAGCGCGCAGCGCAUUUUUCUGCUCGCUAUGCCAGAAAGGCUACAGCCGUAUGAAUGAGUUCGAGGCACACGAAUCAUCCUACGAUCAUCAGCAUAAGAAGCGAUUGAAGGAGAUGAAAGAGAUGCAGAGACAAGUUCAACCUAAGAAAGAAGAAAAAGGUCCUUUGAUGCAGAUAAAACUUGGGACUUCCGCGAAGAGUUCAACUUCCGGGGGUGGUGGCUUCAAGAAGGGAGGCUUCAAGAAUGCAUUUGCACCGGCUGAUGAGGAAGAGAAGUCUCAACCUGAGAAGGAUGACGCUGCUUUGGUAGAGACAAAGCAGGCUCUGGACGAGGCUGAUAGUGAUGUCACGGAUGAUGAGGAUUACUACGACCCUCUACGGCCAACUGGAUGUAUGCCGGGCUGCAAGAGCCAUGUGGCUACUGGUCCUUGA